GAUGCCGCCAUGCAGCCAUCAGCGCCACUACAUUACAGAUUUACAUUGUUACUGUGGAGUGUAUAGUAAAAGUAUCAGCUGCAGUAAUGAUACUUAAAAUUUGUAAAACGAAUACCUACGAAACUAAUUUCGAAUCAGAUUACCACACAGAGUCCCCAAAAUUGUGAUUUUAGCUAUCAAAACCUUUUGUACCAAAUUGGCCGAUAGGCAGGAUCAGUGAUAUAUUUCAAUGUAUAUUUGUAUACUUAAAUUACACUCUAGUAACGCGCGUUUUAGUAUUUGAAUUCCUUUGUAACGUCAGUAUCGUAUAAUUUAUUGAAAUGGAUGAUCAAGAUCCAACUAGUGUUAUCAAAAUGAUAAAAGAUUUGCGGUCAGGUUCUGAAGCAUACCGUAAAAGUAGUAGCAGUGGUAUAUCAUUACGACUAUCAGGAACUACAUUCACAUCUGCUUUGUUCAAUGAACAAGAGGAAUGUACUAUUACACCUAAGAGGAGAAGACUUGAUUCUGAUAGUUCUGCUUUAAAUAAGAGUGAGACAGAGAUUGCUCCAGGAAGUCCAUGGGAAUGGAGGAGAUUAAAAGGAGAAGUUGUAUCCUUAAAAACAAGGCUGUCUCAUCAGGAGGCUACAGUACAGCAACUUCAUAAGAUACGCAGACAAAUGGAGGAGGUAUUUGAAAAACAAAAAAAUGGUUUGGAGAUACAGAUAGAAGAAGACAAACAAACUAUCAAACAAUUGGAAGUGAGACUUGAUAUGGCCCGUAGAACAAUUCAAGAAGCACGUAAUACACAAGCUGCUGCAGAAAAAGAACUACACCAGGUGAAGGCAAAUUUGGAACAGAAGACUCUCAUGUUGAUGAAUGAAAAUGCAAAACUGUUAGAGGAGCUUAAACAUGUUCCUGCACAGGAAACUGUAUCAAAACCAAAAGAUAUUGAAGAUCACUCUGGAGCCGAGCAACAGUUCGAAGCAGCGCAAAAACGAAUAGCACAGCUAGAGGAAAAAUUAAGAGAAUAUCAGACAAAGCAGCAAGAAUUGGAACUACAAAAUGUGGAGUUUCAGAGUAUAAGAAUAAAAGUCGAGAAAUUAGAAUCAGAAAGAGCAUCCUGGGAAGAAGGGAAAUUAUUACUUGCGAAGGCAGCCAGAACGAACGAGCUCGAGAAAGAGCUUGUCGCCGCGAAAGACACUAUUGCUUCGCUGAGAGAAUCUGUAAGAGGGAAACUAUUGUUAGAGGAACAAAUGGCUAAUGUAAUGAAAAGAUUGGAGCACACUGAAAAAGUAGAACAGCAAGUCGCCACGUUAGAAGCGAAAAAAGCGGAACUUGCGUUACGCUUAUCCGAAUAUGAAUCCAUUGGAAUCACUGGUGGACCAUCGGUCUUGAAACGCGAAUUGAAUCGCUUGCAGCAAGCCGAGCUGGUUUUGAAAGCGGAAGAAGGUCAACUCAGAUCAAAAUUGGACGCUACAUUGAGAGAAUCACAGAAUCUAUCAAAGAAAUACGAGGAUGCUAAGAAAUUAGCCACGGAUGUGACCGUGUCCAAGGAAAAAUUGAACAAAUUAGUAAGCAGACUACAGAAGAAGAUGAUCCUUGUUUCAAGGGAAAGGGAUAGUUAUAGACAACAACUGGAUUUGUACGAGAAGGAGAUGACGAUAGACAGCAAUAAUGCGAUAACAGAAAGAAUUCCUGCAUUAGAACGAACGAUAGAUGCUUAUCGAGAAUUAGUUGCCAAACUGGAAAACGAUCUUCAAGCAGCUGAGGGUUAUAGCCAAGCGGAAGAGUGCAAUAAACUGAAGGAGGAAAUCGAGCGACUGAAGGGUGAAUUGGAGCAUCGUGCGUUAAAAGGCGAUUUCAAUUGCAACGCGAGGAUAUUGCACUAUACCAUGAAUCCUGCUGCGAUCGCGGAACAACAAGCGGAAGAAAAGCAGAAGGCAUUGCUGCGCGAACUUGAAGAACUGAGAGCCAAGGUGGCACAGGGAGGAGCCAAUGCCACGACGUCUUCUCUUCAAGCUCAAGAAAUAGCGGAACUUAAACAAACUCACGAGAUUAAAAUAGCUCGCUUGAAAGAGGCCUUCAAGGCAUCGUCGCAGGAGUAUCGGCAAGCUUGUUACCAGCUAUUCGGCUGGAGAGUGGACAGGACAAAGGAGGGCCGAUAUAAACUAUUCAGCCAAUACGCGGAAUCACCGGAUGACUACUUGUUCUUUCAAAUCGGAGGGGAUGGAGUGGAUCUACUGGAGACCGCGUUCUCCGCGACACUCGGAUCAUUGGUGGAACAAUAUCUGCAUCGACAGCACAGCGUGCCCAUGUUCCUGAAUGCUGUGCAAUCAGACUUGUUCAAUCAACAGACCAUGACUAAUGUUAUGAGUUGAUCCUCUUAAUUUUUUAAAUAAUUGAAUUAGACCUUUUAGAAGAGAAAUGAAGGUAUAUCAAAAGAUUUUAAUCAUUGUCAAUUAUAGAUUGGAAAUGACUCAUCAACAUUUUAGUUCUCGAACAGAGAGAAGCUCUGUGAAUAAAAUGAAUUUUUCUCGGUUAAAA